AAAGAAAAAAAAAUUGAGAGAAAAAAAUUGUUUCAAGAAAAUUCAUCAACGGAACAAGGAUUUAUUGAAAAAUAUUGGACUAUUUUUUGUUCUUUUUUAAUGGUGCUUGCCACGAUGAACAGUGAUGCCAAAAUAAUCAACAAACAAAGUAGAUGAACAACUAGCAGUGAAUAAUUUUAAAAUUAUUGUUGAAAUCCAUCACAGUGUAAACCGAAGGCAAGGAUAUGGCAAUCCAGAGGAAUAAUAUUACACUGUAUCUUCACAUCUUCGUGCUUCUAGGAGUCAUCCAAGUGAUAACUGCCAUCCAGAGUAGUGACACGGGACGAAAUAUUAACGCAAAUGCGACACCAUCCACGUCAUCGUCCGCAGCAGGCAGCGACUUGCACGUGCCCGAGGACAUGCAAAAACGCACAAAAAAGCAAUCCUGGUCGACGUGGAGCGAAUGGAGCACGUGUUCGAGGUCCUGCGAUGGCGGCGUAACGUACCAACUGCGGAUUUGUCACGCGCCACAAGGAUGCAAGGGAGAUGCAAUUCGCUACAAAAUUUGCAACAUGCAACCGUGUCCGGAUGCACAAGAUUUUAGGGCGCAACAAUGUGCGGCAUACAACGAUGUGCCGUACGACGGAGCGUUGUUCAAGUGGGAGCCACAUUAUGACUACUCGGAACCGUGUGCGCUGACGUGCAGGGGAAAACCUGCGCAACAAUUUGACGAAAACCAACAACCGGAAGAUCAAGUAGACGAAUAUAGUCAAGAGGAAGACGGAACUGUAGUGACACAAUUAUCGCAUAGAGUUCAAGAUGGAACAAGGUGUCGUCCAGGCAGUUUGGACAUGUGUAUUCACGGAAAAUGUCAGCGCGUUGGUUGUGACCUGAAAAUCGGUUCCACGAAGAAAAUCGAUGCGUGUGGCGUUUGCGGUGGCGACGGAAGUACUUGCUCGGAACCGCUUUAUCAGUGGGAAAUGGCUCAGAUGUCCUUGUGUUCGGUGACGUGUGGCGGCGGUUAUAAGAUGUCAAUGCCAGCGUGUCGAAAUCGAAUCACGGGAACAGAAGUUGAAGAUUCGUUGUGUAAUGCCUCGAAUAAGCCAGAGCCGCAGAUUGUGACGUGCAAUACGCAUUUGUGUCCACCAAAAUGGAUUGCUGAUGAAUGGGGACCGUGUUCGAAGAAAUGCGGAGGCGGUAAAAAGGUGAGGAUAAUCGUUUGUGCGGAAGAAAGCAACGGAAAUCGACAUCGGGUACCGGAUGAAGCGUGUCGUGGCAUUCCGCCACGUAUCGAGGAGGCUUGCAAUACGAACGAGUGUCCAAAGUGGGUGCCUACGGAGUGGUCAGGGUGUUCCGUGUCUUGCGGUACGGGAGUGCAAACGCGCAUUGUUACCUGUUUGGAUCAAUAUGACAAGCUGUCGGACGAAUGUGACCCGAAAACCAAGAUGACCUCCACCCAGGAAUGUUCCACGGGCAUUCAAUGUUCAUCGGUUGACGACAAAGAAGACAUCGAAACGACAAUUUUAUCGUCAACUCCGCCUUCAACGCAACCCACUUUGAUGAGAUCACGACUCCCAGCCACCGAGGAUCCCGAUCAGGAUCUCGACGAGGAGGAAGAGGACGAAGAAAUGAACAGCGAGGAGGAUUUUGAAGAGUCUUUGCAUCACAUUGCUCGCACAACGGCCAAAGAACGUCAUGUGACGACACAAGAAGAGAUGCCCGCGACGGCAGCUAGCGAGUUACCCAGCGAAAUUCGGAUGCAACGAGAUGAUUCGAGAGCUUUUGCGAAUUAUUAUUUCAAUCAUGACGCGAACAACUAUGGACGUCAAGUGUACUAUCCGCAUCAAGCAUUGCCGAAACCGGAAAAAUUGGUUGAUCAACGUGUACCGAGCGAAGCAACCUUCGUACAAGAUCACGAAUGGUCGUCAUGCAGCGCGACAUGCGGUGAGGGUAUUCGCCGGCGGCCAUACAAGUGCAAAAUCUUUUUGGAAUUCUCCAAGACGGUAGCGACGUUGAACGAUAGCUUGUGUCAUGGCAUUAAGCCGCCAGAUGAGGUCGAAAGGUGCUUCAUGGAGCCGUGCUCGAUGUCGAAUACGUAUGAGGAUCGAUCGUACAUGCAUGACAAUUAUCGCUCGAAUCACGACGGAAUCAAAGUACAAGCAGCUGUUCCCGGCAAAACUUAUUCGUGGCGUGAAGAGGGCUACACAAGUUGUUCCGCUUCGUGCUUGGGAGGCGUCGAAGAGCUCAUAAUUAAUUGUGUUCGAGACGAUACCGGCAAAGUUGUAUCUCCCUUCUUGUGUUCUCAAGACACAAAACCCGAAAAUCGCAUCCGUACCUGUAACGAUAUCCCGUGUCCGCCACGCUGGAACUACUCGGAAUACAGUCCGUGCAGCAAAUCCUGCGGCAUUGGCAUCAAAACGCGCGAAGUGACAUGUAUUCACGAAGUAACACGCGGUGGCGAAAACACCAUGACCGUCCCAAAUAGCAUGUGUCCCCAACCUCCGCCAUCCGAUCGGCAAUACUGCAAUGUGCUCGAUUGUCCCGUCGAAUGGGAAACAGGCGAAUGGUCAAAGUGCUCAAAGCCCUGCGGUGGCGGCUACAAAGAACGCAAAGUGACGUGUAUUCAAAUUAUGGCGCAAGAACACAAAGUUGAGAGACCCAACAGAUGCCCGGCACCCAAGCCGCAGGACAAAAAACCCUGCAACAGUAAGCCAUGCGCGCCAGAAGACCAACAUCCGCCGAUUUUAUCAAGUAACACGACUUUCAUCCAACAUGACCCGAAAAAAUCAAAAAUCACGUUAAAAAUUGGCGGCGCAGCAACGGUGUUUUUCGGGACCCAAAUCAAGAUAAAAUGUCCCGUUAAACGAUACAAUCGCACAAAAAUCCGCUGGUUAAAGGAUACGCGUGAAUUACGCAACUCCAAAAAGCACAAAGUCUCCAAAAAAGGCGCCUUGCGAGUGUUGGAUGUCAAUUUCAAAGAUGCCGGAAUCUACACUUGCAUCGCCGGAUUGUCCGAAAGUAGCAUCAAGUUAUCGGUGAAACCCAAAAUGGGAGAUCCCAUGUCCAGCGAGGAGUAUGAGCGACAUCACGACAACGGAGAUCCACGUCAAUAUGGCUUGUCGUAUGGACCGUUGCCGUCGGAGGACCGAAGUCACGAGCAUGAUGGCAGCAACACGAACGGCAAUAACAACAAAGGAGUCAGAGUAACGAACCGCCCACGCAACAACAACAGAAACCGCGCACGUCACAAGAACCCCGAAGAUCUUCGCAGUCCCGAAAGUAGCGUGAUGGGAAAUGAUGAGAUGGCUGUGUCAGACAGCUCGUCACUAUUUUCGUCACAAACACCACCAGCGUUAAGUAGUAGUGGUACGAGACACAUGCCACACUUCCAACAUUUAAUAGCAAGUCUUCAGCUUUUGUGGCCCUUCCAGAGUUUUAGCAACUCGCGUGGUCAUCAUUUGCUCACGGCUUACAUGAAUCGCUUCAAGCCCGUUCACGACCUGGAGAGCAAUUUGAAUGACGAGCAACGCCCCAAUGUCGAACUCAAGUCGGCACGUCGACACGUAUCCAGUGGCGAAGAGCCGGAAAGUGACAGCGAUGCAAAAUUACCAUUGAAAGACGUCAAAUUUGAGUGGCACAUCUCGCCGUGGUCCGCGUGCUCGCAAACUUGUGGUGCAAAUGGCGGCGGUUAUCGUCUUCGUGCGGCGCACUGUCAGAUGCACAUGCAAAAUCAAACGCAAAAUGUCGACAAUAAUUUUUGCGAAGAUGCCGGCUUGUCGGUGCCCGAAACGGUGGAAAAGUGCGGAAAUAUCGAGUGUCCGCGCUGGGAAACAACGGAAUGGACACAGUGUGCACAAUCCAAGUGCUUUGCCUUGCAUACGGCAUUGCAGCGACGCGAGGUAUUUUGUCGCUUUGGCAAUGACACGGGCAGCGGAAGUGGUGGCAAAAUGAUGUGUGACGAGAGUGAGAUGCCCGUGUCGAAGCAGGAGUGUUACAGCGAAAAGUGCAAAGGUGUGUGGCGUGUCGAACCGUGGUCAGAGUGUAACGCCGCAUGCAACAAUCAAGGCAUAAAAUACCGAAUAUUGCAGUGUGUGUGGUACGGCACCAAGAAGCCAGCAGGCGUUGCUUGUAAAGAUCAGCCAAGACCGGCAGUCAUGAAGGUCUGCAAAGGUCCUCCCUGUAUAAGUAAUCCAUCCGAUUGUCGUGACAUCUCACGAUACUGUAAAAAUGUGAAAAGCAUGGGACUGUGUAGGUUACACCGAUAUCAGCAGCAGUGUUGUAAAUCGUGUCGAUUUAAUAUUUUUAACUAA